UGUAAUUAUUUGACUUUUGGUUUAUUAUAAAUACACUACUAGCACACCCUAUUAGGGUGAACAAUCAUUCCAGAAAUAAUAUUGCAUAUGGUAUCAGAGCCUAGGUACCCUAGGUCUUCCGCGUCGUCCAUUUUUCUCCAUGAGGAUUGCCGAUUCUCCAGCGGGAUCAAGUCCUGUCGCACCCCUUUCUUCUUCUACAGUAGUAGACACAGCAACGAUGGCACCCAGCAUCUCCAUGGUGUCGCCUACGUCUUUCCCCAUGGCUUUUUCGUUGCCUUCUCCUGCAUUGGGAUCAGAUGAUUUUGCAGCAACGUCGGGCUUCCGUAUCCAUCCAGGCCUUCAAUUUCCGCAGCAGGUCAACUCCUAUCGCUUAUUCAGCAACAUGUUGGAUUCCUUCCCUGCAUCGUCGUUUCUGCCACAGUAUGUCCCUUCUUCAUCAGCGCCAACUUUUCCUACUCUCAGUGGUGUUUCGUCGCAGACAGUAUUUUCAGGACCCACGAUUUCUAGACAGUCGGGUGUUGCUCCGUUACCGCCUCACCAGACCCAACAUAUGCUAGGUUUUUCUUCUCCUACAACCUUUUUGGCUUCAUUGGCAUCGCACAUGGCGUUUUCAACACCUAAUGUUACAAACAUUGUCACUACUCGGUUGAAUGUCGUUGAGGAUUAUCUCCCGUGGCGUACUCAAUUCGAGUCCUUUCUUGUUUCCCAUAGUCUUUUGGGGCUUCUAUAUGUCUUUGUUUUGACUCCGCCACAAUUUAUUCAUGACACUACUCGACGGGAAAUGCCUAAUCCGGAAUAUCAUCACUGGUUAAAAAUUGACCAAACCAUUAGAUCAUGGUUGUUUGUCACCUUGUCCCGUGAUAUACUUAUGGAGGUUCAUGAUCUAAAGGUUUCUAUCAGAAUUUGGGAAUGUCUUGAAACUAGGUUUAUGUCUGCUUGUCUGGCUCGUUCUCUAGAACUUAAGAGGCUACUUUCCCACAUUAAGAAGAAAUAAAAUAUGUCAAUGGACCAAUAUUUGUUGGAAAUUAAAGUUCUAGCUGAUUCCUUAAAUAUGAUUAAUUCUCCCGUGAGUAAUAAGGAGCUCGUUGAAUAUACCAUUAAUGGUUUGAGUCCUGAGUAUGAAUCCUUAUUUUCCGGGAGAUGCAAACCUUGCUACUUUACGCCCCAUCCUUCUCGCUCAAGAGCAGCGAAAUUUGUUUCUUCGUGCAUAAGACUCACUGUCAGCGCCUCGGGCCUUUGUUGCUGCUCGCGGGGGUCCUCUGGUGAUCGCGGGGGUGCUGCUCAAGGUCAGGGAGGCAGAAAUCACGUGAACCGUGGCCACCGUGGGGAUCGUGGACAACGCGGACAUUGACGGGGGCAUGGAGGUAAUUUUCUGCAAUCACAUGGAUCAUAUGCUCCGCAUUUCAGUCAGACCAGGCUGGUCAGCAGUACGGCCAGCCCUUCUAUGGUGCUCCUCGAGGUCCUUUUCAGUCGGGAAAUUCAGGUACACUAUUAAGUAAUGUCCAACCUGGUUAUUCAUACUUAAAUCAUUUAUCUGCUUGUACGUGGUACUAACAACACCAGUACAGGUUUUCCAUCUGUGGAUAGCUCACCUCCACCUCCAGUUGUUUGCCAAAUCUGUUUUUCACCAGGUCCCUCUGCGCUUACAUGAUAUUCCCUCGGGUGAAUCCAACACUUCUGUGUGGUACCCUGAUUUAGGUGCCUCGACUCACAUGACCCCUCAUUAAGGUUAUGUGCGGAUAAUGAUUGUACGGUGAAUUUUAAUAAAUAUUCCCUUUUAUUAAGGACAAACAGACGGGGUGCAUCUACUUCAUACUUCCAAUAAAGGCCAUCUUCAUCCGUUCCAUGCUCUUCAGACAACCCUUGUUUCUAGACCUACUUGGCACAAACAAUUGAGGCAUUGUGGUGAUAAAGUUUUACAUACGCUGCGGCAAAAACAUUUUAUUUCUGCUUCUAGUAAUUUUUCUCAUAACUGUGUUUCAUGUCAUCAUUUCAUCAUUUUCAUUUACCUUAGUGCCGCAAAGGAUAACCGUGUUUCAUGUAAACUGGGUAAAUCCCAUAGACUUCCAUUUAAGGAUGUUAUUCAUUCCUG